AUGACUGCUUUCAUCACUGCCACCAUUCAUCUAAACCUCUGCACCGGGACUCUGAGCCCAUUCUCCACAACUCGUCAGGAUUUGUCGAAUUUGCUGGACGACCUGCUGAGCUUUAGGACAUGUGGUGAAUUCAUUCUGACAGAGGUUGGGCACGGCCUGGAUGCCCGCAAUCUGGAGACCACUGCGACGUUGUUGCCAAAUGGCUGCUUCGGCUUGCACAGCCCAAGUGAGUCGGCUUGGAAGGCGAUGCCGCCAUCGACUCCCCUGUGCGGCAUGCCACGCGUUCAGGUGGUUGGGGAGUAA